ACAGCAGACAUGGGGAAUCUCUGGCUGGGUCUCUUCACUCUGCUGCAGUCUGCUGUCCUGUACGCCUCCCCGGUGCAGACUGUAGGACUGUCCAGCCAUGGCCACCUGGAGUUUGCAAAGGUUUAUCUGGGAAAAUUCUACAACUACAAACCUGUAACUGGCCGACGGAGGCGUGCAGCAGGGCCUGACCCGUUCCAGGUCAAACUGAGGGAGAUGCAACACUUCUUUGGCUUGGAAGAGAGUGGAGAUGUGGAUCCACAGACCGUAGCAGCCAUGAGAAGAGCUCGCUGUGGUCUAUCUGAUGCUGAGCAGUUCAGAAAGACAAUGCGAUGGACAAACAGGACCCUAACAUACAGAAUCUCCAAGUACAGCUCAAAGAUUACAGUUGCCCAGGUCAGGACAGCAUUCAGACAGGCAUGGAAACUUUGGGCUCAAGCAGUGCCCUUGAAAUUCCGACAAAAGAAAAGGAGUGAUGCUGACAUCGUCAUUUCCUUCAAUAACAAAGAUCAUGAAGAUGGGUCACCAUUUGAUGGUGAGGGAGGCAUCCUGGCGCAUGCCUUCUUCCCUGGGCCUGGCAUUGGUGGUGAUGUGCACUUCGAUGAUGAAGAGGCCUGGACAACAAAUGCCACUGGCUGUAACCUCCUCGCUGUGGCGGUGCAUGAGUUUGGACAUGCUCUCGGCCUUCCACAUUCAUCAGAUCCUGGAGCCAUCAUGUUCCCGGCCUAUAAUUUUGGCUUGCACUCUGUUUUGCAGCUGUCUUUCCAGGACGUCAAAGAUAUACAGGAAAUGUAUGGUAAGAGGGCAUUAAGUUUGGACAGACAUCCUCCGAAAACACCAGAUAAAUGUGAUCCUACGCUGUCAUUCGACGCUGUGACAGGCAUGCAACAGGAGCUAGUUUUCUUUAAAAACAGGUUUAUUUGGCGGGUACAUCCCAGCUUUGAGAAAAUAGGAAUCACACUAAUCACAAGUUUGUGGCCUGAACUUCCAGCUCACAUAGAUGCUGCCUAUGAGAACACAAACCACAACAGCAUGCUAGUUUUCAAAGGCUCUCAAUUCUGGGAGGUUAGCUCUCUCAAAGUAAAGCAUGGCUAUCCAAGAAACAUCUCAGAAUUUACAUUCCCAUCCACUGUUGGGAGCAUCGAUGCGGCCUUGUAUUUCCGAGAAACACGCCUCACUGAUUUCUUCAUUGGAGGAGAAUGCUGGAGGUUUAAUGAAGAUGCAGGACAGAUGAUGGAAGGCUUUCCCAAGCCUAUCGCUCAUGAAUGGCCAGGAAUUGACUCUCCUGUAGAUGCUGCAGUGGCCCAUAAUGGACGUGUGUAUUUCUUCGUAGGACCUCAUCAACUGGAAUUCGACCCUGAAAUCAGACAAGUAACUAAGAGAAUGGCCGCAAACACAUGGCUUCAGUGCUGA